AUGAAAUUCCAAUACAAAGAAGAACAUUCAUUUGAGAAAAGAAAGACUGAAGGAGAGAAAAUACGUCGAAAAUAUCCGGAUCGCGUGCCAGUAAUUGUAGAGAAAGCUCCGAAAGCCAGACUGGGGGAUCUCGAUAAAAAAAAGUAUUUGGUGCCAUCUGAUUUAACUGUGGGGCAAUUUUACUUUUUGAUCAGGAAACGAAUUCACCUACGUCCGGAAGAUGCGCUAUUCUUUUUCGUGAACAACGUAAUUCCUCCCACAUCUGCUACAAUGGGUUCACUAUAUCAAGAACAUCACGAUGAAGACUUUUUCCUGUAUAUUGCAUUUUCUGACGAAAAUGUUUAUGGCAAU